UCCGGGCUGGGGCUGCGGCGCGGUGGGCCCCGCAGCCAAUGGGAUGGGGCGGAGGGCGGCCCGGCAGCGGGAAGGGGGAGCCCGAGGCCGGGGAACGAGGGGGGAGGAGGGGGCGGGCUCCCAAUCCGGUUCCAUCCGGUUCUCCCACCGCCCCCGCGGCGGGUCGCAGCAGCUCGGGCGGCGGGAGGAGCGGCAGCGGCCAGGCAGCCCAGCUUCGCGAAGGCUCUCGGCGCGCCGCGGCCCGCAGGCACCCGGCACGCGCCCGCCGCGCCUCCACGAUGCCCAAGAGGAAGGUCAGCUCCGCCGAGGGCGCGGCAAAGGACGAGGUAAGAGGCGGCCCUACGCCUGGGGCGGGUCUGUCCGCGCGCAUCCCUCCCUCCCCGCUCAUUCUCUUUUCUCUCUCAAAGCCCAAGAGGAGGUCGGCCAGGUUGUCAGCUGUAAGUAACGCGACCCCCAGACGGUUUCUUUUCCGUGGGACCGUCCCCGGUGAGGAAACUCAGUGCUCCCUUUGCCUUUCAGAAACCUGCUCCUGCAAAAGUGGAAACGAAGCCAAAAAAGGCGGCAGGAAAGGUCUUUGGAAUGAAGUUGUCCUUUGGAUAAAUCUUCAGACAAGAAAGUGCAAACAAAAGGGAAAAGGGGAGCAAAGGGAAAGCAGGCCGAAGUGGCUAACCAGGAAGCUAAAGAAGAUUUACCUGCAGAAAACGGAGAAACUAAAAAUGAGAGUCCAGCCUCUGAUGAAGCAGGAGAGAAAGAAGCCAAGUCUGAUUAAUAUCAUAUACCAUGUCUUAUCAGUGGUCCCUGUCUCCCUUCUUGUACAAUCCAGAGGAAUAUUUUUAUCAACUAUUUUGUAAAUGGCAAGUUUUUUAGUAGCUCUAGAAACAUUUUUAAGAAGGAGGGGAUCCCACCUCAUCCCAUUUUUUAAGUGUAAAUGCUUUUUUUUAAGAGGUGAAAUUUGCUGGUUGUUUAUUUUUUGGUACAACCAGAAAAUAGUGGGGUAUUGAAUAUGGGAGGCUUUGAUUGUCUUGGGCGUCAGCUUAACAUUCCAUAAUGGGGGUAGUUUUUAUAUCCUGUAAUAUAAACAUAAACUAAAUGGCAAUUUGGAGUCAGUUGUGCAUUUAAUAUAUCUUGAACAUUUUAAAUUACUUCUACUCCUGUGUUGUCUCUGGUAGGUUUCCUAAAGAAAACCACUCCUUGAUCUUGGCUCUCCUGUCAGAAUUGUGUGCACUCUAACAUCUUUGGUCUUGGUAGUCCAGUUUUCCUAGUAACUUUGUUAAUGUGCUGUGAAAGAUUAAAAAUCUGCAUAUGUAGUGUAUAUGAUAAGUUGUGAAUUAGUGAAACUGAUGUAACAGCAUAUCAAUAUUUGAAGAUACGGUACUUGAUAUCCUGUUAAGGAAAACUUGCCUCCAAAGUUUAAGCUGGAAAGUCACUGGAAUAACUUGAGUGAAAAAUCGCAAUUACAUGAUUUUCUAGAUAUUUGGUACGUACAUUAAGAAUUGUGUACAAAUUGAGAUAUCUGUGUACUGACCCUCAAAUAAAACCUCAAUUCUAAAAGAAUUUCUUGAAGCACAUGAAUUAAGUUCUGGCUUAAAUUUUAUGUAAAGAAUUUCCACAUUUGUUCUUCCAGAGUUUCUUAAAACUUAAGAGUCUGAUUUUUAAUACUUGAACACCUACAACCCCUGGUGAAUGGAAAGGACUAGAAGCCAGGGUCCCCAUGGUGGUCAUUCUAUGGAUGUGCUCUAAAGGUGUUUGUGUGACUGAGUGGUUUAGUAAAGGGAAAACAGUACAGUGUCCUCUGAUGCAAAGUAAAUAACGUAAUUAUUUGCUUAUGUGGUAAGCUUGUAAGUACAGACUAAGCUAGAGUGAGAUCUGGUUUGAUUCGUGUGCAUAUUUUCAAGAUUUGUUUUCAUGUAUAUCAUACUUCCAUAUUGUGAUCUACACAACCUUUAAAAGUGGUAUCGGACACCUGCACUGAUUUGCCAAAUAGAAAACCAGGGCUGGAGAAAAUUUGCUAUGGUUACUGCUUAAAGGGGGAGACUUUGGAAUAAAGUUUAAACCUCUGUGACA